AUGUCGUUCCUUUUCGGCGGUGGGCGACCACAGCCAACCUCCGCAGAAAAGAUUGCGGCGGCCGAGCAAGAAGUAGAGUUGGUCUCAGAUAUGUACAAAAGACUGACGAAGUCGUGUCUGGCAAAAUGCGUCCCGGCCGACUACCGCGAAGCCGAACUCAACAAGGGCGAAAGCGUGUGCCUCGAUCGAUGUGUCGCCAAGUUCUUCGAAGUCAACAUCAAAGUCUCGGAGAAGAUGCAAGGAGAAGCCGCCCAAAGAGGUGGAGGCGCCGGUGCCGGUGGCAUGUUUGGAAUGUAG